UACUCUCUGCUGAUGAUGACUUUUGUACUCUUGGAAAUAAGUUUGGUCGCAUUUAUUGCAAUUGAUCAUCAUUGGGAGAAGGAUCUUCCAAUGGAACCAACCGGACAACUUCACAGACUCCGCACCUUUAUUCAACAAAAUAUGGAUGUUUGUAAGUGGAUUGGCAUUGUUGUUGUCGUAAUUCAGGCUUUCUCCUUAUUUCUCGCAAUUGUUCUCAGAGCUUUGGUUAGUAGCCCUAAAAUAAACCAUGAUAUGGAGGGAGACUAUGAUGCUAUAGGAAGAACAAGGGAGCCACUGGUUGAUCCACGCUUAGGCCAAAUAUCUGGGUUAGCUAAAGGUGAUGCAAGAGGCUGCCAUUCUGACAUCUGGAGUUCACGGAUGAGGGAAAAGUAUCAUUUAGAUGGAGAAGCUAGACAUCAUAUACCAAACCAAAAUGCAUCAUGAGGAUAGUACGAGACACAGUGGAGGGUGAAUCUCGCGGAGCAGAGAAAUUGGCAACAUGCCUGAGUAUGAACUCUCGUUCAAUGAUUGUGUACCAUAAAUUCCAAACCUUCUGUUUGUUGUCUGUUUAUGUAAGGCAGUCUGCGGAAAGGAUAUGGGGGAUUUAGACAUUACAAAGCUGGAAUGUAAAGAAACACAUAUCUCACUUGUUGAUAGGUCUUGUUAAUAGGUGUUGCUUUUGUUGAGAAGCACUUUACCAGACUGCGUUUCUAGUUUGGGGUCAUAGUGAAAUUUGAUCUCUUUUUUGUUCUUCCAAAUGUAGCAACAAUUGUGUAUGAGUCUCGAUGCAUGGGUUUCCACGGCAGAUUGAUACGCUUAUUUUUCUACUGAA